AUGUCGACAACCGUCGCCCCUGCAGCGUUCGGUGAAAGCUACAUCAUUGAGCCAGCCAGCACCGCAAAACACACUCACACCAUCAUUCUUCUGCAUGGGCGUGGCAGCGACGGCGAGGAGUUCGCCGGCGAGUUCUUCGAUUCACUGGCAAACGACGACGAGCAAGUCAACACGGCCACGGCAAAUGCUUUCUUUCCAAACUUCCGUUGGGUCUUUCCCUCGUCUCCGUCACAAUGGGACAGCACCUUCAAGGAGUACAUGUCUGCCUGGUUCGAAGCACCAUCGCUCGCGGACCUGCCGCUUGGUUACAACAUCCAGGCUCAAGGCAUUCGCGGUGCCGUCGCACGAGUUCAGAACGUCCUCGAUGACGAGAUCGCGCGUCUCGGCGGUCAAUCUGAGAAAUUGUUCCUCGGCGGCAUCAGUCAAGGGGGCGCUAUUGCCAUGAUCACACUGCUCGCAAGACGGACCAAGAAGCAGCCACAUGACAGUUCAGGAUCAGACAGACUUGCCGGCCUCAUCGUUGCGAGUACUUGGCUUCCGGUUGCCGCCGACAUCGACGAGUAUUGGGCAGCAGACGCUUCCGCCAAGGACAUCGUGGCUAGUAGCAGUGAUCGAGGAAACACUAUUACCGCCACACCUGUCUUCUUUGGUCAUGGUGUCGACGAUGCCUAUGUCGACAUUCAACUCGGUAGAGAAGCAUGUCGCACGUUCAGCACAAUUGGCUUCGAAAACAUCGAGUGGAAGGAAUAUUCGGGCGCUGAGCAGGAAGGGCAUUGGUUGCAGGUGCCGAAUGAAGUCAAUGAUAUUGCUACCUUUGUACGCAAGCACAUGUGUUGA